AUGGAAAAAGAAUGUGGCCUGUCUUUUAUGAAGAUCACAAAGCAGCACAUCCACAGAACUGACCGAGAGGAAAAAGAUGCCUUCAACAGCCCUCCUGGGGAGAAACGUCACCGAGCUGUAGUCCUAGCUGUGGUGGAGGUGGCUUUGAAACAUCGCUGCUAUCAGUUACAUUGCAGCGUAUUAGAUACUGUGAUCGAUAGUGCAACUUAUUCCUUGGGUCCUAUUUGCGGUUACCAGUUUUUAUUUUUGGCCUUCUCCUAUCGUCUUACAUUAUCAAUUUUUCAUAACAAUCGCCUUCUCAUCCACAAGUUAAAACAAGGAAAGGGUCCUCUGGGGCCUCCAGGACAAAAGGGUUCUGUUGGAAUGCCUGGAAUUCCAGGGGUAAAUGGUCAAAAGGGUGAGCCUGGGUUGCCUGGAACAGUAGGACAAAACGGAAUACCAGGGCCAAAGGGAGAACCUGGAGAUCGAGGAGAAAAGGGAGAUGCUGGAGAGAGUGGCCCCAAAGGUGACACAGGCGAAAAGGGUGACCCUGGAUCAUCUGCGGCAGGAAUUAAGGGGGAACCUGGAGAAUCUGGUCGUCCAGGGCAAAAGGGUGAACCAGGGCUUCCUGGGCUUCCUGGACUUCCGGGGAUAAAGGGAGAACCAGGUUUCAUUGGUCCUCAAGGAGAACCAGGCUUACCAGGGUUACCAGGAACAAAGGGUGAACGUGGGGAGGCAGGGCCUCCUGGAAGAGGUGAGCGAGGGGAGCCUGGAGCCCCUGGACCAAAGGGGAAACAAGGUGAAUCAGGAACUAGAGGCCCAAAGGGGUCAAAGGGUGAUCGUGGAGAGAAAGGGGACUCUGGAGCCCUGGGACCAAGGGGUCCACCUGGUCAAAAGGGAGAUCAAGGAGCCACUGAGAUCAUAGACUACAAUGGCAACCUCCACGAAGCCUUGCAGGCAAGUGACUGCUCCCUGCCCUGGCACAGUGACACUGAUGAUCACCCAUGUAAUGUGUGUAAUAUCAGCUUCCACCCCCACCCUGGCAUCCCAGAGGGCUCCACUGCUCAAAGCACACCUUUUUCCUGA